ACCGCCUCCAAAUAUGAUGGAUGUGAUGGCUUCUUUGAUUCCUGUUCUUUUCUCUCUCGUUCACUUUACCGUCACUAGUGUUGUACUGAGACGGGAGCCAGGUGGUUAUCAGUUCUCUCUCAAUUAUCCCAUUGCCUCUUGUUCCAUUACUAUAACAGUCUCAACAUCAGGGAGCCUAAUAACCAACCUACUAUUAGGACGACCACUGUUGGACUCAGUAGCCGAUGAAAAAAUUAUACUAGCAUACAUAUUGAUAUGGUAUUUUAUUAAUUUUUCUCCAGGUGACACUGUUUUUAAACUGUACAGUCAGUCUGCUGUGAUAAAAUAUUUUUUCCUAACUCUUGAAGAGAUAAGGAGAUCUAAUAACGUGAUGACUGGAGUUCUAUUAGCACAGGAUAUCUACCCUAAUACUCUACUGCCACGCGCAUUAGCAGGAAUGUUUAAAGGUACUGGGAAGAAGUGGAGCAUUACAUUUUACAGGUUAUUGACAGGAUCAAAUCUUGCUAGCCAGCACGAACUCCUAUCAUUAUCAUUCACUACUAAAGCAGGUUUUGUGCUAGGGAUACUGUAUGGUUUGAAUCACACUCGUCAGUUUCUGAGCGAUUCAGAUUGUGUUGUACUUGGUGCUGUAUUCCUCGUGUCAUUACAACUUUAUAAUUUAUGGUAUGAUCAGGUCACAGAUCCUUUCAAGAGACCGCAAGAGAUGAUGUGGUCAUAUCUAGCAAGAUCCAUCAAUCAAACAAACUCUAGUGACCCAGUAGAGGGGUCUGAUACUGAUGCUAACACUGAUUCUAAAGCUGAUUUUAACACUGAUUCUGAUCUCAUUACUGGUACAAGUGGAAUGAAGCAAAGGAUGAUGACAAAGGCAACCUCUAGUGAACACUGAUGUCAUUCACAAGUAGCUGUUAUGCAGUCAUUUUACUGAGGAAAUACAUUAUAGCAUGACAAUAAAUAAUAAGUAGUAUUUAUACAAGGUGAAUAUUGUAGUAUAUUAUCUACUAGCUGUUCUCCAAUCUUCACCUAUAAAAUAUACUUUGCAGUUUGCAGGCAUGGCAGUUCCCUCUCUCCUCUUUCUAUCUUUUGUUAUAAUCAAUUUUACUGUACAAUUUUCAUUUUAAAUACAAUUCAACACAAAACUAA